UUGAUACCAAUAAAAGUAAAUUGAAGAAAGUACAUUAUUAUUGUGAUAAAUGCAAAGGUUGCUUGGUUGAUCCACGUACAGAAAAAAAACAUAAUUUAAGAAAGAAUAUUAGACCGAGAGGAAUUAUCAAAAAUAUAGUUCUAAAUCGAGGUUUUCUCAAUAAUCCAAGUCAAGAUAUAUUGGUAAAUCCUUUGAAUGAUCCAAUAGAAGUUGACACAUCAAGUAACAAUAGUGAUCAAAUAAUUAAACCUAUUCAACCUAUUGAAAACUAUUCAUUUCUUUUCAAGAAAUUACCAAAAGGCGAGUCAAAAGGAAAAUAA